AGCCGUGGAGGGUUUUGAAAAGCCAGAAACCCCAACACCGUCCUCCCUCAAAAGCCAGAAACCCCAACACCGUCCUCCCUCAAAUAAAAAGAGAUCACCACAUCCCAAACCUAUCUGUCUCAGCAAAAAGAAAAAACUCUCAGGAGAAGGAGAAAGGGCUCUUUUCUCGAACUUCUCCCUGCAACGAUCUCAAUCAGUUCUCCCUCAAAGAAAAGCUCUCGUUUUGCGUUCUUCUUCUUUGUUUUCUAAUUGUUCUGCUCGCUAACGUUUUCUUUGGUGCAGGGUUUCUCUUUAUCUUAGUUUUAGUCUGCGUAAUUAUUUUUUUAUUUUGUGUUCUAGUCUUUGUUUUCUUGGAUUUUUUGUUUGCUGCUAACAAUGGAUGCCGGAAGUUUCUCUUCCGAGAAGGCCCGGCCUGCAUCUCGCCACCCUCUUCGAGCAGUCGGUUCAGGGCCUUACAUGCCUUCUCUCCUCUCUUCAUCGAAGGAUUUUUCUUCCCGGCAGAGCGGAGGAGAUAGAUUCAUUCCGGACCGGUCUGCCAUGGAUUUUGACCUGGCCUACUACCUGCUAACAGAGAGAAGGACAGAGAAGGAGAAUGCUGCAGCUGCAUCCCCAUCCAAAGGGACAUACAGAAGGCUUCUUGCCGAGAAUCUUCUGAAUAAUAGAACUCGAAUUCUUGCUUUCAAGAGUAAGCCCCAGGCACCUGCGGAAGGUAUCCUCCAAGAAGCCCACUCCAAUGCCUCUUCCCAUCUGGCCAAGUUGGCAAAGCCACGGAGAUACAUUCCCCAGUCUCCUGAGAGGACUCUUGAUGCACCAGACCUUGUUGAUGACUACUAUCUGAAUCUGCUGGAUUGGGGAAGCAGCAAUGUUCUGUCGAUCGCCCUUGGGAAUGCGGUGUAUCUCUGGGAUGCUUCAGAUGGUUCUACAUCCGAGCUUGUCACCGUGGACGAAGAUGUGGGUCCAGUCACUAGUGUCAGUUGGGCUCCUGAUGGGCGGCAUAUUGCUGUUGGUUUGAACUCCUCUGACAUCCAAUUGUGGGACUCGAGCUCCAGCAACCUGUUGAGAACUUUGAGAGGAGUCCAUGGAUCUCGAGUUGGAUCUCUUGCUUGGAACAACAACAUACUCACAACAGGGGGGAUGGAUGGAAAGAUCGUUAAUAAUGAUGUGAGAGUAAGGUCGCACAUUGUGCAAACCUACCGAGGACAUCAGCGAGAGGUCUGCGGGUUGAAGUGGUCAGGCUCAGGACAGCAGCUGGCAAGCGGAGGCAACGACAACCUGCUUCACAUAUGGGACCUAUCCAUGGCCUCUUCAAAUCCAUCUCCAGGCCAAAAUCAGUGGCUCCACAGGUUGGAGGACCACAUGGCUGCGGUUAAGGCCCUUGCUUGGUGUCCCUUCCAGAGCAACUUGCUCGCAUCCGGUGGUGGCGGCGGCGAUGGGUGCAUCAAGUUUUGGAACACCCGUACCGGGGUCCGGUUGAAUUCAGUGGACACUGGCUCUCAAGUGUGCUCCCUGUUGUGGAAUAAGAACGAGCGCGAACUGUUGAGCUCUCAUGGCUCUACUCACAACCAACUGAUUCUCUGGAAGUACCCUUCGAUGGUGAAGAUUGCGGAGCUCACAGGCCAUACUUCUCGGGUUCUCUUCAUGGCUCAGAGUCCAGAUGGGCGCACAGUGGCAUCUGUGGCGGGGGAUGAAAUGCUGAGAUUUUGGAAUGUAUUUGGAACUCUUGAAGCACCAAAGCCUGCUGCCAAGACAGCUAGUACAAGACCCUUCUCCAGUUUUAAUCACAUUAGGUGAAAAAGGAGGUGGAGGAAGGGGAUGGGUCUCCAUCUGAUCCUUGAAAGCAUGGCCUGAUGGAAAGAAUUGGGAUGGAAGACAUAGCCUGCUGCAAGAUCAUAUUACUGGCAGACCAACUUCUCUAGAAAGGUGUGUCUAGCAGCCCGUGGGUCAAAUAGAAGAUGAUAUUUGGAUAGCAGGCGCUCAAGACACAUGAUGGGAGAUGAAUCACAGUUCAUUUUUCUUAAGACAAAGGAUGGAGGGGUGGUCACCUUUGAAGACUAUGGCAAAGGAAAGAUCAUCGGCUGCUGCAAGUGUGGGUAGAGGAGCAGCUGCUGCAGUUGUUGGAGGUGAUGCUAGUGGUAGAGGAAGAGGAUCUGGUUCAACCACAGGUGGUCCAGUCAAGGGUGCAUCAGGGAGAGGACUUUCAUGAAGAGGUUCUUCAAGCAGAGGAGCAUGCUUAGUUUUAGGCAUAGGAGCUUCAGCCAGGGGUCCUUUAGGAAGUGCUUUAGGGAGACAAGGUUCAGGAACAAGUUCAGGAAGAGGCUUAAGCACUACUUCAGGCAGUGGAGCAGGCAGACAACCAAAGUUUGUACCAAUUGGUGGGAAAGGGAAGAAAACAUAGUGAUUAUAGAUUGCAAUGCAAUGUUUGAAAGUUGUAAAUGAUUUUGUAUAGAAUGGAAUGUUGUAUGGAAAUUUGUUUUGGUUUUGGAAAGUGAUGUUGAACUUAGUUGUAUGGAAUGUAAUUGCAUAUUGUAAUACAAUGAUAUCAAUUUGUUGUAAUGAGAUCAAAUGUUGUGUUUU